AUGACCCGCCUCCUCGCUCCCCUCCUCCUCCUCGCCUCAACAGCAAGCGCACACUUCUCCCUCACCCUCCCCAAACCCCUCGGCGACAGCGACGACAACGAGGCCACCGCCCCCUGCGGCGGCUACACCGCCUCCUCCUCCUCCCCCGCGACAGACUUCUAUGUCGAUGGCGACGCCAUCGGCAUGGAGAACGGUCACCCGCAGACCAACUGGCUCUUCCGCGCCACCCUCGACGAGACCGCCGCGGGCGGCUGGAAACAGCUCUUCCCCAUUGUCAUGCAGACCGGCCUCGGCAACUUUUGCGAGCCAAAAGUCGUUGCGCCGGGUAACUGGACCGGCAAGAGGGGAGUCGUCAGCGUUGUUGCCCAUUCGCCUGAUGGGCUUUUGUACACUUGCGCCGCAGUAAACUUCGUCUCCGGCACAGCGCCAACCCGCUCAGACUGCAAAAACGCAACAGUCACCGUCGACUUCACCUCAGACCCCUCCCUGACCGCCCUCCUCAGCGCCAGCGGCUCCUCAACCAGCAGCACCCCGUCCUCCGGAUCCGGAUCCGGAUCUGGCUCCGGUUCCGCAACCCACUCCGCCUCCGCCUCGAGCACCGCCAACGCCGCGCCCGCCGCCCUUGUUGGUAACGUCUUCUCUGCUGGCGCCGUGGCUGGUCUUCUGGUGUCCUUCACCGCAGCUCUCGGAGGCGCUGCCAUGUUUUUCUAA